CCAGGGCGCGGGGGCGAGGCGCGCCGGGCCGCGCGCUGCGGUUCUUGGCGCGGACAGCGGCGGCCGAUGCCCGCCGCCGCGGCGGAUGGAAAGAGAGGCGGGCCCCGGGCCGAGGAGGCCGCCUGAGUGGCUGCCGGAUCCCCUGCUCGCUGCUGCGCAACCCUCGGCCGCAGGUAGCAAAGACAUGUUCUAGCAUGGAUGCUUUUGCAAAUCACAGCUGUCACCUCCUUCAGCAGCUCCAUGAUCAACGGAUUCAAGGCCUUCUCUGCGAUUGUAUGUUGGUGGUCAAAGGCGUUUCCUUCAAAGCACAUAAAAAUGUGUUGGCUGCUUUCAGCCAAUAUUUCAGGACCCUGUUUCAAAAUUCUCCAAGCCAGAAGAAUGAUGUUUUUCAUUUGGACAUUAAGAAUGUUGGUGGCAUAGGCCAGAUCUUGGAUUACAUGUACACUUCACACCUCGACCUCACCCGGGACAAUGUGCAAGCCUUGCUGGAUAUUGCACAGUGUCUGCAGGUGCAGAAUAUUUUGAACAUGUGUCACUCCUUUUUAAAAACCUCCAGAUCUGUAGAGCAGUCGGCCGGUCUGGCCUGUAGCAGUACAUUUUCAUUGCACAAUACUUUGGCUGCUAAUACCAACUGUGAACCGUAUGAUACUAAUUUCCUCCAUGUUUGUUCCACUGCUGGGCAGUCUUGUAAAGCCUUGGACGGCCACCUGCCUGAGUCGCAGCCUUGUGUACUUCACCGCUUAGCAGCUGACACUAACAAACGGAAAGAGGACUCCGUGGGUUCUGGUGGGGCGGAUCUCUCAUUUAAACAGCCAACUUGCCAUUAUAAGCUCCGUAACUUUUAUAGCAAACCAUUCUGCAAACAAACAGUUUGUCCCAGGAACGAGAAAUCCCCAGAACUGCCCUCUGAUUUCAUUGUAUCUCCAGCGCAGAACCCGGUUCAGAGUGCUUCGUGUCACAUCAGUCGCCCUGAAUGCACUUUGGAACCGUCUGAUCAGCUGCCGCCAGCCUUUCUUGUCCAGCCCUUGGACGACUGUCCUGAGGAUCAAGUCACAGGGAGCACGUCUGCACAGCCAGCCAAACCGUUGAGGCUUAAAAAAGCCCUGCACCUUCAGAGACUGAAUUUGCUGCGGUCCCAGAAGACUCCUGAGCCGUCCUCUGCACCUGAUGCUGAUAGCAGCAUCGCGAGGGAGACCGAGUUAGAGAGACCGAGUGGCACAAGAAGGACAAAGGCAGGUGCUUCUGAUGGGAAAGAGGCUGAAUGUGUAGCGAGCUCAGCAGGCGCAGGGGAGCCUGCUGCGUUGGAGCCGUCUCAGGAGCCUUCUGAGCCCGAUAGCCAGUGGCAGGUUUUCCUCUCAGAGAGGCAGUAUCCUUGUGCGUUGUGUGGAAAGGCUUUUAAACAUCCCAGCAAUCUGGAGCUCCACAUACGGUCUCACACAGGUGAGAAGCCAUUUGAAUGUAACAUUUGUGGGAAAUGUUUCUCGCAGGCAGGUAAUCUUCAGACUCAUUUGCGUCGGCAUUCGGGUGAAAAACCUUACAUUUGUGAAAUCUGUGGGAAAAGGUUUGCUGCAUCUGGAGAUGUCCAGCGCCACAUUAUUAUUCACUCUGGAGAAAAACCACAUCUGUGUGAUACUUGUGGUCGAGGAUUUAGUAACUUCAGUAAUUUAAAGGAACACAAGAAGAACCAUGCCGUAGAAAAAGUGUUCACGUGUGACGAGUGUGGAAAGUCAUUUAACUUACCACGGAAAUUGGUAAAACACAGGAUCAGACACACAGGAGAAAAGCCAUAUAGUUGUUCAGUUUGUGGAAAAUGCUUUGCGGGAUCUGGAGAUUUGCGAAGACAUAUCAGGACGCAUACUGGGGAAAAGCCAUAUCGCUGUGAGACCUGCAAUAAAUGUUUCAGUCGCUCUGCUGUCUUACGUCGACACAAAAAAACCCACUGUAAAGCUAGCAGUGAACGUUCAAAUAUUGUAGACGAGUUUUCUCAUGUAAUGGAAAUUCCUGACCUUGAGAAGUCCCAAAGUUCAGAUUUCUUUACCCAGGAAAUCUCAGCGUCUUUCUUGCCAGCAUCAGAGAAAUGUCCACUCCACCCGGCGGAGAAUUCGCCAGAUGAAUUUGACCGUCCUGGGGCACCAUUUGGCAAGACAAGGCCUGGAAUGAUAAAAGGCCGUCAGAAACUGAGCUCGGAUCCCGCCAAACUCUGCAAAUCUCCAGAAGGACCAGAUCAGUCUUGUUCUUUUAAAGAGAUUAGCCCCCCCUCCGAGGAAGAACCGCUGCAGCCCGACGCUGUGCCCCUGGUUCGCUCCUCCGCAGGUGCCCUGGGCAGCAGCUGGAAUGGCGACCUGAGCAGCCGCGGGUCUUCUGCUGAGCACAGAAACAACGAGGGGGUCUUCUUCUCCAGCGUGACCCUCUGGGGCUUAGCUAUGAAGACUUUGCAGAAUGAGAGCGAGCUGGGCCAGUGAGGAACUGUGUGUGUGCUUUGUGUGUUCAGAAGAACAGCCUAUAUAUUUGUAACUAAAUAAAAUAAAAUUGUAACUAAGUUGUA